AAAUUUGUAAGGCUGGAGAAUUUUGCUGCUGGUCAUUCUCCUUGGCCCUUGCCGGCUUCCUCUCUCCUGGGGACAAGAAAGAUGGAAAAGCCCACAGGCAAAAAAAAGAAGGCACAGACCCCAGAGGAAGAAGUGCGUGUUCAGAAGGACACUCCCAAGGAAGAUAAAGCAUCUAGGAAAAAGAAGCCAAACCAGAGAUCCACUUUGGCCAAAAAGCACAGUAAGGAACCCAGCCUGAGUCAUGAGGACGAGGAACACAUGUUUGAGGCCUUUAGUGCUACAUUUAAAGAUGACUUUGAGGGGGUUCCUGUGUUCACUCCCUUCCAGAGGAAGAAGCCCUACGAAUGCAGCGAAUGUGGGCGCGUCUUCAAGCACAAGACGGAUCACGUUCGCCACCAGAGAGUCCACACUGGAGAGAAGCCCUUCCAGUGCACCCAGUGCGGGAAGACAUUCAGGCACAGCUCCGACGUGACCAAGCACCGGAGAAUUCACACCGGAGAAAAGCCCUUUAAGUGCAGUGAGUGCGGCAAAGCCUUUAACUGUGGCUCAAAUCUCCUAAAACAUCAGAAAACCCACACUGGAGAGAAGCCGUACGAAUGUAAGGAAUGUGGGAAAACCUUUGCCUACAGCUCAUGUCUUAUUCGCCAUCGGAAACGUCACCCACGGAAGAAGCACUGAGUGUGGGGAAGCCAUCCAGACUCAGAGCUUUGUGCCCGUGAAAACUGUCCUGGCAGGCCUGCCUGGGGCUCCUCCUCCCUGGCGUCUGAUCGGGCUGGGGGUCCUGCCGUCACCAGGAAAACCGCCCCAGCCAGGUCACCAAACACCGGUGUGGCCAGAGACCUUUCUGGUCUAGAGAAUCUCCAGGGCAAGACAUCAUGAUAACAAGGCAGCUCCUCGCAGCUGUGGCACCAGGGAGGCGAGUGUACAAACUGCUGUCCAGGGGACAGGCUUCAGACCCGAGCACAGUCAGCACCUCUCACUGCCACCUCUGCCUGUGACUCCCAUGCUGGCUUCGGCCCUCCC